GAGUGUUUCGGAAUUAUGUCAGCUUGUCACAUAAACUACGGAAUAUUUUUUUGUUUUUUAGGUUAGAAUUUUGACACAAUGGCUGUGGAAGGUGUUUCUCCUGCCCUUGCAAUUCGCUCUAGCGCUGGAAUUGAACUUUGGGCUUCGUCCGGUCUCAAAAAACCCUUCGAGCCAAAAGCAAAUCUUCCACGAGAGGAGACGAAAAAUUCUCGGUCAACUACAUUUAGCCCAGACGGUCGAUACUUUGCCUAUUCAAAUGGCCUCGAAAUUAAGAUUCUUAGCACUUGCGAUUGGCAAUUAAAAUGCUCAUUGCCAAGACCCAAAGCUUUUUAUCUUAAAUUCUCGCCACGUGGCAAUUAUCUAUCGACUUGGGAAAUAUUUGCCAUUACCAAGGAUAAGCCCGAAGGAGCACCCAAUCUCUAUGUGUAUGAAGUAGAGACGGGCAACGAAGUAUACGCAGUAGUUCAGAAGAAACAAACUGACUGGGAACCAUCAUGGUCAUCGAACGAGUCUCUAUUUGCCCUUGUUGUGGGCGGAGAGGCGUUGUUUUAUGAUCUGGGUGGUGAAGGUGCAGGUUUUACAGCUACCUCAAAGAAAAUGGGUGGCGGUCGGAAUGGGUUGCUGUCGGUGGGACCUGGGAAUAGUCCACCAUUUUUGGCAUUUUAUGCGCCAGGGGCUAAGGGGGCCCCAUCAAUGUGCAAAUUGUACAAAUAUCCAGCCGUUCAACAAGCUCAGACGAUUGCGUGUAAGAGUUUCUUUCAGGCAGAUCGUGUGGAAAUGUUAUGGAAUAAACGUGGUACGGGGCUUUUAUUGUUGACUAGCACCGAAGUUGAUAAAAGUGGUGCUUCUUAUUAUGGUAACCAAGCUGUACACUUUAUGUCAACAAAGGGAGAUACCUGUUCCGUUCCACUGUCCAAAGAAGGUCCCGUACAUGCAGUUAAAUGGAGUCCAAAGGCAACUGAGUUUGUUGUUGUUUAUGGGUACAUGCCAUCGAAGGCAUCACUUUACAAUUUGAAAUGUGAUGUCAUUUUCAAUUUUGGUGAAUCUCCCAGGAAUUGUGCUUAUUUCAAUGACUUUGGAAAUCUUCUCAUAUUAGCUGGUUUUGGAAAUUUGCGUGGAUACAUUGAAAUGUGGGACGUAGUCAAAAGGAAGAAGAUUACUGAUAUGCAAGCCCCAGACUCAACCCUAUUGGAAUGGAAUCCCGAUGGAGAAACCUUUGUUACGGCCACCACAGCCCCAAGACUUCGUAUUGGAAAUGGAUUUAAAAUUUGGCAUUAUUGUGGAGCAUUAUUGCAUGAAACAGUGUGGCCAAAGGGACAAGAACUGCUCGGCGUUGAAUGGCAACGUUUUGCCGAUGGAGUUUUCAAAGAGAAACCCAUUUCUGAUGCGAAGAUCGAAGGAAUUAAACCUAGUCAACCAGAAGCAAGUAAACAAGUCUAUCAACCACCAAAUAUCCGUCUGUUGAAAGAAGGAAAAGACCCAGAAAAGCUAGUUCCACAGCCAUCAGUAAAUAUUCCGGAUUCAUCAGGAAAAAAGAAGGGAACACCAAAUUCUCGUCAAAAGAAACCAAAUCCAAAGACGAAGAAAGAGCCAUCUGCCAAUGGUCAAAAUGCCAAUGGCACAGCACCUGCCAUUACCUCUGAAAACGAUGCCAACAACGGUGCAACUUCCGUAGCCACCCCAAAUGCCAAUGCCAAUGCUAACGCUAACAAGAAACGUACUUCAUCUUAUCAAAAGCAGCAACAACAACAGCAAAAACAACAACAACCAAACUCUGAGUCCGCUGGAGCCAACGCCGACAAUGGCCAAGCUAAUGAAAACAACAAGAACAAGAAUGACAACCGUAUUAUCAACAGCGAAAAGGAGAAGAAGGUUCGUCAUGUGGCAAAGAAGUUGGCCGACAUUAAAAAGCUUAAAGUGAGACAGGACCAGGGCAAUGUCUUGGAAUUGAAUCAGCUGAAUAAAAUUUCCAUGGAGGCCAAGUUUUUGGAAGAGCUUAAAGCCUUAAAGCUCUCCAAUUGAUGCAAAGCUCUCCACACACA